CUCUAGCUUCAUCAGCAGAACCGCAAGAUCCUGCGGUUUCAAAUAAGCAAAUAAUAAUUUAAAAAAAAUAAUUCUCAUAUCAUUAUUUUAACUUCUAUGUCCACAUAUCGUUGCAAUCAGCGAUGCUACUCAAAUGUGCAAUAGCGGUCAUCAUUUUUGCUGCGUUUGAGCAAGUAGUGGGGACUGAUCCAAUCGAUGUUCCCGAAACCCCGCAAGAUAAACCUGCAAACCUGCAGAAAGGACGUCUUUCUCUACAGAACACAGUGGACAUUCAGCACUGCCUGGUGAACAGUGGCGAUGUCGGCUGCGGUGUGUUCGAGUGCUUCGAGAACAACUCGUGCGAAAUCCGCGGCCUGCAGGAGAUCUGCAUGUCCUUCCUCCACAACGCCGGCAAGUUCGACUCGCAGGGUAAGUCCUUCAUCAAAGACGCGCUGAAGUGCAUGGCCCACGGCCUGCGGCACAAGUUCAGCUGCAGCAGCAGGAAGUGUGUGGCCAUAAAGGAGAUGGUGCUGCAGCUGCAGCGGGAGUGCUACACCCGCCACGACCUCUGCUCCGCCGCCCGGGGAAACGUCAACGUCAUGGUGGACAUGAUCCACUUCCAGGACCUGUUCCCCAAGGGGCCUCACCUGGAGCUGGUGAACACCCUGCUGAGCUGUGGGGAGCAGGUGAAGGAGGCGCUCACCUGGAGCGUGCGGCAGCAGUGUGAGCAGAACUGGGGCGCUCUGUGUGAGAGCCUGAGGCUCUGCACCCCGGGGGUCCCCCCCGGGCCCCCCGCCCAGCCCCAGCCCCAGAGCGGCCCCGUCGAGGCAGAGACGGAGGCCGCCGGCCCGUCCGAGCCCUCUCAGAGCCCCAGCCCGGAGGCUGUGGCCCCGGAAAGAGCCGGAACCAGGAGGUGA